UUCGAAUUUCCUUGCUUUGCCAAAAAAAUCACAGCCCUCUUCUUCCAAUGCAAUUCGCGAAGCCAGAGAGAGGGAGAGGGAUGGAGACGGUGGAUGGAACAGAGGGCUCAGGCAGGGGAAGAUAUGCGCUGAAGCCGAUGAGGAUCAACUGCGAGGACAUAUUGUUUUGCAUAGAUGUGGAUGCAGAGUCUCUUGUGGAAAUGAAAACCGCAGGCCCCUCUGGGAGACCUCUCACCAGAUUGGAGUGCAUCAAGCAAGCUAUUCUUUUCUUCAUCAACGCCAAGCUCUCUAUCAACCCCGAUCAUCGCUUCGCUUUCGCCACUCUAGCAAAAUCCGCCUCUUGGCUUCGAAAAGAGUUUAGCAGUGAAGUUGAGUCUACAGUAGCUGCUCUUAGGGGGCUCUCAGCUACUUCAUCUUGUGGUCAAGCAGACCUCACACAUUUAUUUCGCUUAGCAGCUCAUGAAGCAAAGAAAUCACGUGCUCAAAACCGGAUUUUAAGAGUGAUUCUCGUCUACUGCAGAUCAUCUGUUCGACCGCACCACCAGUGGCCCAUAAACCAGAAACUCUUCACUUUGGAUGUGAUGUACCUCCAUGAUAAGCCUGGACCUGACAACUGCCCACAGGCGGUCUAUGAUGCACUAGUUGACACCCUUGAACAUGUUAGUGAGUAUGAGGGUUACAUCUAUGAGACCGGGCAGGGCCUACGAGUCCUCCUGCGUCACUUGUCUAUUAUGUUAUCACACCCUCAGCAACGUUGUACACAAGAUGACAUGGACAUAAAGUCUCUAACAAAGAGAUCUCCUGUAGCUGAUUCAGCAAAUGGUGAAGAUUCUGUUCCUAUAUCUAGCCAAUGAGAUCAUCAUCAACAAUUCAGUUUACAAUUUCAUGUUGUGUCUUUGUUUUUGGCUUUAUUUGUGAGCUAUUAAGCUUUCUGCUGAAAAUGUGAACCUUUGGUUUUGUAUGCGCUACUGAGCUUUUGCUGAAGUGAGUCAGAUGCUUCAGCUAAUGAAAAUAUGUAGUUUAAAAUGAA